AGGGGCUUUGAACCUGAAUAAUUGGCCGACAUUGUUGACAUGAUAGGAUGGGGAGGCUUGAUAGGAGCUGGGCUUGUUGUUCUUUAACCUUCCGACCUCGAGCAUUUAACAGCUUUUAUACUUCUAAAGAUACCAUGCCAUUAUUGCUGUAGUCAUAAACGGACCAUGUCCGAUUCUGGCCUCUACUUUUUUUUAGCAACAAGUAUGCGUGGUGCGAAAAUAGCGUUCAAGUUUUCUAACUUUUCCUAAAAGCACUGGCAAUAAAAAGUCUGCUCUGAUAAACCCACCUAGAGCUUCGCGCUGACGAGAACGCUCUUCCUACUCCCCGAAGUCAAAAGCGAAUCUUCCUGUUGCCAGCUGCAAUCUAUCCCCCCCCAGCUAUGUCUUCGGGGUCUGCCCAGGAGGCUGGUCCUCGAUUCCUCGGGCGUGGUCUCCCCGGCGGAGCGACAUCUAGCCACGUUCCUCAAAACAGUCAUAAUACAGACGGCUGCCCCGCACGGGAACAGAAAGACAGCUAUACCUUUCUCCAACAGGAAGUGCGCCGGCUGAGGCGACAGAACACUUCCCUCGAGAACGAGCUUCGAGAACAGCGUACCAACUAUAACCUGCUUGCCGGCGAUAUGCUUCGUAUUUGCGACGAGCUCCGUCAACUGCUAGACGAACGCGACCGCGAACGAGCACAUGAUGUCAGGGGUACAGGGCCCCAAAAUUUGUCAGGGGUCUUGCGGAAUCGCCAAGACGUGAAAUAGCAAGGGUCUGUCAACUUUUGGCCUAUUUCAACCACAUCCAUUUCUUAUCUUGACUCGCUCAAUCGCGGCAGGGCGGCUAGCUAUGUUGUACAAAAUCGGACACCCAGUUAGGGUAAGAGUAGGGGGCAGAUAGUGGAGGGCAAGAGCAGGCUGUUUAUUUUUAUU